UUUCUAUAUGUAUGCAUAAUCCUCCUUUGACUAGUGAAGCUCCUUACCCACAACUACGAUGACCUCGCACCAAUUAAGCUACUGUUGUUUCCUGAUCCAGCUCCUAAAAGCUUUCCUGCCAUGCAGCGCAGCCACCGCCGCCGGCAAGGCGCCGGCGAUCAUCGUGUUCGGCGACUCGACGGUCGACGCCGGCAACAACAACGACAUCCCCACCGUCUUCAAAGCCAACUUCCCGCCGUAUGGGCGCGACUUCGACGGCGGCGUCGCCACCGGCCGCUUCUCCAAUGGCCGCCUCGUCACAGACUUCUUGUCGGAGGCGCUUGGGCUGCCGUCCUCCGUGCCGGCGUACCUCGACUCCGGCUACACCACUGAAGAGCUCGCCCGUGCCUGUGGUGUGACCUUUGCUUCAGCAGGCACGGGGCUGGAUGAUCUCACUGCACAAAUUGCUUCCGUGAUACCACUAAGUCAACAGCUAGAAUACUUCAAGGAAUACAAGGAAAAGCUGAAGGUCGUGCAUGGCGAGGACGUCGCAAAGGAGAUCAUCACGGAGGCGCUCUACGUGUUCAGCAUCGGCACCAACGACUUCAUCAUCAACUAUUUCGCGCUGCCCCUUCGGCCGGCAGCGUACUCCACGUCGGGGUACGUCGCCUACCUCGUCGGCCUCGCCAUUGUCGCCGUCCGUGAAGCCUACGAGCUCGGCGCCCGGAGGGUCCUCUUCGCCGGGCUCACGCCGCUCGGGUGCUUGCCGUCGGCGCGGACGCUGAACCUCCUCACGCCGGGGCGGUGCAACGAAGAGAACAACCAUGCCGCUCUCGCGUUUAACGCCGGCCUGGAGGAGGCCAUGAGGAAGCUCAACGACGAGCUCGCCGGAGCACGGGUGGCCUACUCAGAUGUCUACAGCGUCGUGUGCAGCAUCCUGUCCAACCCGUCAGACUAUGGCUUUGUGAAUGUUGCUCAAGGAUGCUGUGGCACAGGACUGAUUGAGUCAUCUGUCCUUUGCGGCUUGAACCAACUAUUGACAUGUCAAGAUGACGAUGAAUAUGCCUUCUUUGAUUCCGUCCAUCCGUCAGAAAAGACAUAUGAGAUUAUAGCUAACAAAAUCAUUAAUGCAGAUUUCAAAAAAGUACUAUAGAAGUCUUCACUAAGCUUAAUGUAAUGACUAUUGACAUGUUAAGAUAAUGAUACACAUAUUCUAAUGUGAGCUUAAUAUAUGUUGUCUUUUGAUCAAAA